UUUAAUGUCAAAUCGUAACUGUCAAAUUGUCAAAGUCAAAAUAAUCAAUUUGGAAGAUCGAAGCGUUUGUGACAAAAUUCAUCAAAAUUAUUUAUCAAAGCUGCUCUAAGCAGUGUUAUAAUGAGACGGAGAAACAAAACAAUCUGUUUGAACAAUUAAAAUUAUCAGAUGACAAGAAUAGUCGAUAUUUUGGCCUGACUAUGACUGAAUCAGGUGAAACGGAUAUCUGGAGAGACACAUGGGUGCGCUACUUAGGGUAUGCCAACGAGGUAGGGGAAUCCUUCCGAGCACUGGUCUCCUACAAGAUCGUUCGGUUCAGCUAUGUAGUGGCCUUUGCAUACACCUUCGCCGAUACUGGGGACAAAAGUUACAAAAUGUUAAAGACAGACGGUCGACCAAAAAAAGUGCUUAUAGAAGCCGGAGACGUUCUCAUAUGGCAGACGCUCGCAUCUGUCAUCAUACCCGGCUUCGUCAUUAACAGGUUGUGCACAUAUUCUUCAAUGGGUCUGAAGAGAUUUACAAAAAUAUCACCUAUGACUAGGAAUUGGAUGGCUGUGGGUAUUGGGCUGUCAUCCAUUCCCUUCAUAGUCCGGCCCAUAGAUUCAGGCACCACGUGGUUUAUGGAUUCCACUUACCGUCGAUGGGUCAAGAACGAGCUCUAAGAGCGAAAAUCUUAAAGACAUGACAGUAUGUCAAGUACAAAGUACUGCUCACUAAGCAAAAUGAAUAAAAAAACUACAAAAUUGCCUUGGAAUAGACGGACAGUAUUUUUAGUGGAUCUGACAUUAUUUAGGCGUUCUUAAAAACUGCAAGAUUUGUGUAGUGGUUCAUGCAAGUUGUGGGAGCAAAUUACACCGGGUCUUUUAAAAUAUUAUUAUAUUGUUGGUGAUUGACAUUUUGAGUGCUCAUAGACACCUUUCUAAGCUAAAUUCUAUCAUUUAAUAACUGCAGGCAACGAAUCACUAGACAAAAUUGAUUUGCGCGCGCAAAAGCUAAAUUACUUUUGCGCAAGUAACGUUAACGUCUCUUGACCUCAAAUUGUCAGUCAUCAGUUGAUUUAUUUUUUUGGUGCAGAAUAAUAGAAAUUACAAAUAUUUUUGUAUAAUUAUUUAUUUCUGAUGUAGAAAGUGUUCCUAGUUUUACAAGUACUAGUACAUACAUAGUUCCAAUAGUAAAGUCAUAUUAUUUUACAAAACUUUAGAAUAAAAUGUUGAGUGUUAGGGAAUAGAGCGUUUGUUGGCACAAAAAUUACACCAAAUUAGAUCUUAGAUGAAAUUCGAUGUGUGACGUCAUUGUGUAGUAGAAUAAUUGGUAUCUUAAAAACAGCUUUAAUGCUUAUAAUAUAAGGUCUGUAAUUAAUUGAGAACACCACCAGUUGUAAUAAGGUACAUUUAGGUGUAUGAAUACUUAAAUUCAUUUUAUUUGCUGUUUAUAAGCAUGCUCCUUAUACAAAUUCUAAAAUAUAAUAUAAAUUAUAAACGAUAUGACGUCAAUUCAUAAAUAUUCCUAUAUAUAAUUAUAUCAGUAUUAUAGAAUAUAGUUAAGGCCUAGUACUAGUUUGUUUUAUGUUAACGCAGUGCACACAUUUAUGACGUUCGGCGUUCUGAUUGGUUGCUCCAAGUUAACCAACCAAUGCGGUAACGUAAAACAGACUUGCAUUAGGUACUAUGAUGUUGGAAUGGCUUGGUCUAGUUCAGUAGCUUUGCUAAAGUCGGAUUCAAGGAACUGCAAAGUGUCCUUACAUUAAGUUAAAUUCUACAAAUAAGUAUACAUAUAUUUGGAAAGCAUUUGGACAUUAAUUUCAAUUGUAUUUCGUCCUACUUAAAAUAAGACAGACAGAUAUUGUUCAUUUGCUAUUGGAUUUUUGAUCUUAUCGUUUUUGGUUAUAGAGUUGAAAAUAAGUCUGUUUGUCCUAUUGCUGUUUUGCAAAGUAUUGAAUUGUUGUAAUACGUCUAGUUAGUUUUUGUCGAUGGUUUUUUUAAAGAAAUUCUAUUUAAGGGUGUAAUUUUAUUGAUCUUCUGAAGUUAUUAUUUUAAAAUUUUAAAUUGAGUUUUUGAAAAGCAACUUAAAUUAUUUUAUUGUAUUUUAGCAACAUUUUUUUUUAAUUCAUGUUGGUAUUAUACAAAAAUAUUCGACAUAAUCUAUCUAGACUCCGAUAAAAUUCAAAUGCUACAAAUAUUAGAUACAUUUUUAGUCUGUGAUAAACAAUUCCAAAGUGCACUAGCGAAUCUUCAUAGUGGUUAAUUUUGACAAGACUAUAUAUAAAAAACAUAUUUUAAAUUUUCUUUGUGUUAGCGAUACAUUUUAUUUAUUUGACAUAGUCUAGCGACAUUGUUAUUAUGUAUUGUUCCUGUUACCUGUUGAAUAAAAUCUGGUUUACAUCGA